GACGGCAGCGACGGCCACCAUUCCCUUCCAACCCCCCACACACCCACCAUGGCGGCGCGCGUGCCGCGAUGGCGCUCGCUGGCGCCCGCCCCACGGCCCACGCUCCCGCGUCCGCGGCCAACACCAAGCGCCCUGAGUGGAGGACGCAGCCGAGCCUCAACCGCCGCGGCCUGAUCGCCCGCGCUUCCCACCGCCCAUCCUGCGCUGCUGAGGAGGGGGUUAUCCAGUGGCUGAGGAGCGCGGCCGCGGCGCUGGCCAUCGCCGCGCAGAUUUCCGUGUCGCUGCCGGCGGACGCGGUGCUCUACUCGCGGGACACGAAGAUUCCGAGGACCGGAGAGCUGACUCUGAGGAAGGCCAUCCCCGCGAACCCAAGCAUGAAGAUCAUACAGGAAUCUCUGGAGGAUAUCUCGUAUUUGCUGAGGAUACCACAGAGGAAGCCGUACGGUACCAUGGAGGGCGAUGUGAAGAAAGCCAUGAAAAUUGCAAUGGACAGCAAGGAGGCAAUCCUGGGAAGCAUACCUGCAGAGCACAAGGAGGAAGGUGCCAAGCUAUAUACUUCUCUUCUCGAAGAGAAGGGUGGUUUGCAGACUCUAUUGAAAUAUAUUAAGGAGAAUGACCCUGACAAACUUUCCAUAGCACUUGCUUCAUCACUUGAUACUAUUGGUGAAUUGGAGCUAUUGCAGGCUCCUGGUUUGUCCUUUCUACUGCCCCAACAGUAUUUGGAAUAUCCAAGGCUAACAGGAAGAGGAGUUGUUGAAUUCACAGUUGAGAAAGGUGAUGGUCCAACAUUCUUUCCAACUGGUGGUGGUGAACCAAAAAGUGUCGCCACAAUUCAGGUUGUCAUUGAUGGCUACUCUGCCCCACUGACUGCUGGAAACUUUGCAAAAUUGGUCUUGGAUGGGGCAUAUGAUGGGGUAACACUGAAAUGUGCAAGUCAGGCAAUUGUUGCAGAUAAUGAGACUGGGAAAAAGGGGUACACUGUUCCAUUAGAGGUCAUGCCUGCAGGACAAUUCGAACCAUUGUACAGAACUCCAUUAAGCAUUCAGGAUGGAGAAUUGCCAGUCCUGCCGAUGUCUGUAUAUGGUGCUAUUGCCAUGGCACAUAGUGUGGAUUCAGAUGAAUACUCCUCACCAACGCAGUUCUUCUUCUAUCUUUAUGACAAGAGAAACCAAAUUAAUGAACAAGGAUCGAUAAGAGCUUCUAUGGGCAUCCAAACACCUGCAGGUAUACCACGGAUGGAAGGGAUGUUCUGUCGCAGAUUAAAACCGGAGAUAAAAUUCGUUCUGCCAAGCUUGUACAAGGCAGAGAACACCUUGUGCUGCCAUCAGCAGUCCCUGAAGAGAGCUGAUAUCAUCGUCGCCAAACAUUGCAGCAUUCUUUACACUGAUCAGGCAACCAACAUUUUGUAUAUCCAUGCCACUAAACCUGACCAAGCAGUUCAUAAUCAAAUAUACAUAUAAGAAUCAUUGUACAUGAAACCAUUUUUUGUGGUGUAUCGAUCACUUUGCACUCUGAACAGAAUGGAAUUCUUUAUUCAA